GUUCUCAACAAAUCUUGAACCUCACAUACAGAAAGUGAUAUUUGUUUUAAACUCAAAUACUACCGUCUCCAGGUCUACUUUCUGCUUCUACAACUACUCCACAAACACCAUGUUUCCUUCAAAGACUUUUCUGAGCUAUCUCGCCCUCGCUACUAUUGUCUAUGCCGCCCCAGUUCCAAACGAACGAGCCAUCAGCGUUGGAAUUAUAGGAAACGAAGCCAUCGUAGAAGGCUUUAACGAAGAUCUCAUGUACAAGAAGAGUAGACGCUCGAGUAUCUACGCGGGUAUCAUUGGAAAUGAAGCGAUCGUAGAAGGCUUCAAUGAAGAUCUCAUGAGCAAGAAGGGACAGCAUGUGGGUAUAAUUGGGAAUGAAGCAAUUGUUGAGGGAUUCAAUGAAGAUUUGAUUCGAAAAGAUUGA